CUGAAGCCUGCUGGAGUGAGAGGCCACUUAAACUUCGCUAAAGCAGGACAUUAGCUUUCAUCUAAGGGCUGGACUUCCUCUAUAUAUAUAUAACCCUGAGCUUCCUUACACUCCCGCCUUGCUCAGUGUCUCUCAGGGACUCUCUGCCUGCUCUCCCUCUGCGGCCUCCUCCUUUGUGCUGACCAGCCUCUGCACUCACAACAACCAAGAACCAUGGCCCAGCAACAGCAGAUUAGCCUCCCAGCCAAACUCAUCAAUGGAGGGAUUGCAGGCAUGGUGGGAGUCACCUGUGUGUUUCCAAUUGACCUGGCCAAGACCCGCCUGCAGAACCAGCGCAGCGGGCAACAACUCUACAAAAAUAUGAUGGAUUGCCUUAUAAAGACAGUUAAAUCUGAAGGAUACUUUGGCAUGUACAGAGGUGCUGCAGUAAAUCUCACCCUGGUAACCCCUGAGAAGGCCAUCAAGCUAGCUGCUAAUGACUUCUUCCGCCAACAGUUGAGCAAAGAUGGCAGGUUGACGGUGUUCAAGGAAAUGUUGGCAGGAUGCUGUGCAGGAAUGUGUCAGGUCAUUAUCACCACACCCAUGGAGAUGCUCAAGAUCCAGUUGCAGGAUGCUGGAAGGCUAGCGGCCCAGCAGAGGGGGGUGACUAGUGUCGUAUCGGCUCUGAAAAUGGGUGGGACCAGUGGUGUUCUUAGCCGUUCCUACAACACCAGCCCUGCACCUCAAAUCAUGCGAGUGUCCGCCACACAGAUCACCAGAGAGCUGCUGAGGACCAAAGGAGUCAAAGGACUGUACCGGGGACUCGGAGCAACAUUGAUGAGGGACAUCCCAUUCUCCGUCGUGUACUUCCCUCUUUUUGCACAUCUGCACCAUCUCGGCCGGCAUUCCCCUGAAGACCCUGCUGUGCCCUUCUAUUGGUCCUUCAUGUCUGGAUGCCUAGCUGGAUGCAUUGCUGCUGUCACUGUCAGCCCUUUUGACGUGGUCAAGACCAGGCUGCAGUCACUCAAGAAAGGAGCUAAUGAGGAAACCUACAAUGGCGUGGUAGACUGUAUCAGAAAGAUCCUGAGAAAGGAGGGUCUCGGAGCGUUCCUGAAAGGGGCAAGUUGCCGGGCCCUUGUUAUUGCCCCACUCUUUGGAAUUGCACAGGUUGUGUACGUUGUCGGAGUUGGAGAGUACCUGCUAGGGUGCACACCCUAAACCAUCUACUCUGCAUAAACAAGCUGUUUUCUAGUCUUCUUUAUGCCACCUCAUUAAAUUACAGGCAGCUAUGCCCUGGCAUAGCAAUGGA